AGUGGAGCUCGGGUCAACGGGUUGGGGAGCACAGAGUCGGGGCGAUCGGGAGGACGGGUUGCCCUGAGACCCCCGGAGCGAGGCGUCGCAAGGCGCCCGCUUCUGGCCUCCCCUGGGGUCCCCGGUGCCCGCUUCCGGAAGCCCCACGCUGUCAGAGCAGGAAGCAGCUUUGCAUGGGCUGCUCGGUGCACCCGCCUUGCCCUCCUGCACGGAAGGGACCUGCGGGCUCGUCUGCGCCAGGCCCAGUAUUUCAGCUGAGGAUCAGAGGGGAAGUCAGAGCUUGCACCCGGGUCAGAUUUAAGACUCCAGCCGGGUGUGGUGGUCCAUGCCUGUGGUCCCCGCACUCUGGGAAGCUGAGGAAGGAGAAUCAAGAGUUCACUGCCAACCCUGGCAAUUUGACAAGACCCUGUCUCAAAAUAAAGGGAUAGGGACGUAGCUCAGUGCUAAGGCUCUGAGUUCAAUCCCCCUACUCCAAAACAAGACAAGAAAGCACUCCGGGAGCAGAGGCCUAACUUGUCUUUGUGUAUGUUGGGUUCCUAAGGGUACAUCAAUGAGGAGGGAGCAGAGGACAGGAUGGCUGGGUGAGGCACAGUCCCUACCCAGGCUUGGGGCAAGGGUGGGAGGUAGUGUGCACACCCUGGGGGACGGAACGGAGGCUAGGGAAGGGCAGGCAGGGCAGAGCCCAAUCUUGCUGGGCCUGGGCUCACAUGAUGAAGAUAGCGAGCACGCCCACUGGCCCCCAGAAGGGGGCGCUUUAGAAAGUGGACCUGGAAGGGCCCAUCUGUUGAGGCCUUUAAGCAAAGGCCUGAAGAGGGUGAGAGGGACAGCAAGGACACAGACAGGAGCAGCACUGAGGUUCCGGUUCUGUGGGGACCUGGACUGUCCCGACUGGGUCCUGGCGGAGAUCAGCACGCUGGCCAAGAUAUCCUCUGUGAAGCUGAGGCUGCUGUGUAGCCAGGUGCUGAGGGAGCUUCUAGGACAGGGGAUUGACUAUGAAAAGAUCCUGAAGCUCACAGCAGACACCAAGUUUGAGUCCGGUGACGUGAAGGCCACAGUGGCAGUGCUGAGCUUUAUCCUGUCCAGUGCGGCCAAGCACAGCGUGGACGGCGAGUCCCUGUCCAGUGAACUGCAGCAGCUGGGGCUACCCAAAGAGCAUGCAGCCAGCCUUUGCCGCUGCUACGAGGAGAAACAGGGUGCCCUGCAGGAGACCCUGCGUGCCUGUAGCCUGCGUGUGAACAGGCUGGUGAGCGUGGGCUGGCGGGUGGACUACACCCUGCGCUCCAGCCUGCUACGCUCUGUGGAGGAGCCCCUGGUACACCUGCGGCUAGAGGUGGCAGUGGCCCCUGGUGCCCCGGCCCAGCCUGUGGCCAUGGCCCUGUCAGCAGACAAGUUCCAGGUCCUCCUGGCAGAGCUGAAGCAGGCCCAGGCCCUGAUGAACGCCUUGGGCUGAGGAGGAGGAGGAACUCAGCUGCCCUUCUGUGUCAAGCUGCUGUCCCUUGACUUCAGGGGUCAUUUCUGGCCGAGGGUGGGGGUGGGGCUGGCCAAAGCCUCCUGAAUCCACUGGCUGGCUUCCCACUCUUGAGUUCAGCAGGGGCUCCUGAGAGCCUUUCCUGCAUUGCCUCCCUCCCCUCAAAACAGAGGAAGAAUAAAAAGAGCAUAAAGGAG